ACGCUGCACAUAAUGUAGAAUAAUGGCUGCCAAUGUUGACAGCUCCGAAAUUUUCAAUAAACUGUCAUCAAAAAUAACAAAUCUACUUCAUGGAAGAACUGAAGGUGAUCGCAGUAUAUUAAGCAAAACCUUGGACGAUUUAAAUUCAUUGAAUUAUAGGUAUACAGUAGUGACAAAUCCAACUAAAGCAGUACUUUUAGUGAACCAAUGCUGCAGUUUUGUAUCAACUGAUGAUGAGGUACUUGUUCAAAAAUGUAGUCAAUUAUUAUGGAAUCUUGUUAAUAGACAAAAUGUACCUAUUGAAGGUAGAACAUUGACUGUAGCCAUAAAUUGGUGUUUGAAUAGUUUUAAAAUACGAAAUAAAAAUGUCAUUCUUGACAUUUUGCAAGCCUUAGAUGCCUUAUUAAGAACUAAUGUGGAUUAUGUCUUACAGCUGUUGGAUAAAGUCUCUUUUGAAGUUAUCAAGAUUAUUAAAGAUACAGAACAAGAAUGGUCACCUGAAAUAAUACUAAUAUCUUUGCAAUGCCUUGAAGCUUGUACAGCCGUUCCAAAUCAAAAAUCAAACAUUCGGCACAGCUAUUUGGAAACUUGUGCUGAGAUUUUUUUGUCGCAUUUAUGUAAACAACAAAUUGCUCAGGAUCCAGUCCAUGUUAAGAUGCUUCAAGUUAGUAUUUACGGACUUCAAAAUAUAAUAAUGCAACAUCCUGAAUAUUUAAAAAAAGAAUUAGGGUUAAUUUUGGGAGUCAUAAAAUCAUUCAUGGUAUUCGGUAUAAAAGGUAUAGAAUAUACGUUACCACAAAAGUUGUUACCUUCAAUUUUAAGCAUACCAGAAGCAAUAAAUGUACCAAGAGAGAAGAAAGGAGGCAAGCUUACAAAACAAAGAAAGCACAGAUCUACAAAGCCCAAAAAAGAAAAAAAGGAUUCGACAGAAGACAUUUUAUUCGACGGAAAAACAACGGGAUACAGUCCAGCAACCACAUCAUUAGAAUAUAAUUCAGACAGUGGAAUUAAUCUUUCGAAUGCUGGGAAUAAAUUUAAAACUAGCGAUUCAGAUUUUUCAGACAGCGAAUCGGGAAGAACCGCAAAAUUAGUGCAAGUGCAAGCCAAAGUCAGACAUGCUGCAUUUAAUUUAUUUUACAAUGUUGUAAAGAACACCGAAAAAUAUACCAUGUUCUCAUAUUGGACCAGCUUUAUUCCAGAAGGUACAGUUUCUGCGCCACAUAAUUUACUCAACUGCAUUUUAAAAGAUCCUUCAGCAAGAUGCCGAAUGGCUGCUUUAAACGUUUUGUUAGUUUUAUUAACAUCUUCUAAGCUAUACCUGGCUCAGGCAGAAAACAGUAUCAAAAGUACUUCUUUCACACCAUUUUCCGUUGGGUUGGGAUUGACGAUAAGAGAAUUACAUAAAGGUCUCUCUCUGGCUCUGGUGGAAACUUCAGUCCCAGUUUUAAUUCAAUUGUUAAAAUGUUUAGGUGCUUUAGUGCAAGCAACUCCUUAUCACAAAAUGUCCCAAGGACUGGUUACGAAGAUUGUGAGGAAUGUAAAACCAUUUAUAUAUCAUAAAGAUGCUUCUGUUCAAGUAACAGCUCUCAUAGUGCUAGGCUGUGUUGUAGCUUCAGAACCAAUCAUACCAGAAACAAAAGAAAUAUUGUUAAAGAAAAAUUUAAAUAUAGAAGGCAAUACUUAUGUAACAGAUUCUAAUCCAGAAGAAAAUGGUAAAAAUGAUGCUGAAAGUAUCGUUUAUGCAGAAUUUUCAGACGAUGAAGAUGAAUAUGUAGAAGAUGAAUCAGUUCCCUGGUUAUUAAAAAGAUGUCUGAGUAACUUAGGAGUGCAAUUUACUCCAACAGAGCAUGCAAGCAACGCGAGAGAAAAUAUUAGUUUAGUAGUUCCCGUUCCCGUGAAGUUAGAAUCUCUACAAGUGAUCUCGGCUGUUACUAGAAACUAUUUUGAAAUUUUAAUAGCGCCUUAUUUAUCUUAUAUAACGAAGGGACUCCAUACGUCGUUGAGCGAUAAAUAUGCUGAUCUGAGACUGCAUGCCGGUCGUGCCAUUGAUUUUAUUGGACAAGCAAUAUCUAGAUAUCUUACAAAUAGAGAAAUAAAGGAUACCGUUCCCUUCGAAAGUUUUUUGACGUUUUGGCAGAAUUUGUUGAGUGGGCCAUUGAUAGAUUUAUUGCAGUGUGAAGAUCAAGCAGUUUUAAAAGCAGUUGGUUGUGAUUGUUUAGGAAGUAUAGGAUCUGAUAUUUUUGAAAAGUUACCGAGGGAUAAACAGAUUGUGUGUGUCACUCUUUUGUUUUCCUGUACGAGAGAUGACGAAAAAAACGUGAAAGCUGCUGCAGUGAGAGCACUGGCUAUUUGCGUGAUGUAUUCAUCGUUGAGAGAAGAUCCCGGAUUUGUUGUUGAUACUGCAGAAGCAAUUUAUCGGACCUUACAGGAUCAAAAUUUAAUGGUUAGGAUUAAGGCUUCGUGGUCUUUGGGCAAUUUGAGCGAUGCACUUAUGUUAAAUAAUAAAACAGACGAAGGCAUAGAAGAAAUACCUCGAGAUCUUAUCAUCAAAUUAAUACAAAUAGGUGUCAGUAGCUCAUCCGACAACGAUAAGGUUAAAAUGAAUGCAGUCAGAGCUUUGGGAAAUCUCAUUCAAAUAGUCAAUAAAGGUUUCCUUAGCGAGCUUAAGUGUUGCCAAAUAAUAGACGAAGCCUUCGAUGCUCUGGUCAAAAGUUGCAUCACGGGUUCAAACAUGAAGGUUAGGUGGAAUGCAUGUUACGCUAUUGGAAAUGCACUAAAAAAUUCAGCUCUGUAUCAAGAAUCAACACGUUUAAAUAAAAACUGGCAGGAUUCCAUUUUUAAAGCUUUGACCGAACUUGUAAUAAGCUUUAAAAAUUUUAAAGUAAGAAUUAAUGCAGCCCUUUCUCUGUCAUGCCCAACCCACAGGGAACAUUACGGUAACUAUUUUUUACCCAUUUGGACAGCAUUACUAGAGGCUUUGGAAAACUCUCAGCAUAUGGAAGAUUUUAGCGAAUAUAAACACAGGGAUCAUCUCGUAGAACAGGUAUGUUUGUCUCUUGGCCACCUUACAACGUUACUCCAGAAAGGUGACUUGGGAAUUUUACAAGACAUACUUGAUCAACAUUUUGAAGUACUUCGCACUCAUACUCAAAAGGUUUUGGAGAGGCUGGUACCCGAAAAGUCAACGACAUUAACAACGGCGACGAUCACAUUAAAUACGUUGAAUAAGGAUACUGGCCUUAGUAACAAGGAAAGGCGAGUACUGGAACAGCUGACUAGCGUAUUUGUACCGAUAAUUUAACUUUUUACCUAUUUUUAAUAAACUUAACAAAAUUU